AGCUGUUUCUCCGAGAAAAUUUCUCAUUUCAAAUGAAAUUUUUGCUUCUUCAUUUCUUCAAGUUUUUAAAUGACUAAAAAGUAAAUUAUCAUCAUGUCAUUAAACGAUUUACCUGAUAAUUGUCUUUGGAAAAUCUUUGAAAAUAUCCAUGGAGUUAAACAAUUGAUUUGUUUGUCUAGAGUUUGUUCGAGAUGGUCCGAUUUAAUUACGCCGAGAUUUAAGAGAGUGAAAUAUCUCCAAGUAAUGACGAAUAAAAAACGUGAUUAUAUCGACAAGAACAUUUCCUGGAUGAAUUUUAAAACAGAUUGGAGAGGUUACAAUUUAAUGGAAAAGUUUCCAAAUCUAAAGAUUAUAGAAGUUUCGACUUAUAAUCAUUAUCGCUUUGGUGAUUUACCAAGAAUUCUCAAAAAUAAUCCACAAAUAAAGGGAAUAAUUGGCACUAAAGAGCUGAGUGAAGUUGGCUACUUGGAAAAUAUCGAAAUGUGCUCUGCAGAGUUUGAUUUCGAUUAUAAACAAGUUUUUCGACCUGAUCAGUUGAAACAAAUUCGGUGCUACUAUUUUGACAUGAAUGAUCUUCCUUGUUUUAUUAAAUAUUUUCCAAGUUUGAAGCGACUCAACAUAGAACUCGAUGAAGCGGACGAAGUUUUUUACAAUGGUCCAAAUUUAUCUUCGUUAAAGAUUCUUGAACUUGGUACAAACGAUUUCGUCAAACAAUUCACCGGAUUUCAUUUCAUGGAUUUUUGUCCAUCUUUGGAAAGCGCUUUUAUUCAUUAUUACGCAGAGGAUCUUCAUGUAUUAGAUGAAUCAAUAAAGAAUUUUAAUUUAAGAGAUUUGGUUAUCGUUAAUUGUGGUUUUUUUUCGUGGCCAUCACUUCGAAGGCUGUUGUCCAAAUUUCCCAAUUUACAUCAUCUUGGGAUCAGAUAUGUUGAUGAGAUUAAUGAUUAUAAUUUAGAGGAAUUGAUAAAAAUACUACCUGAGUUGAAGUUAUUGGACUUGAGGAGUUUUAAGAAAAUCACAUACGAAUCAGCUGAUUUGCUGUCCAAAUAUUGUGUUGAAGCUCAUCCAUCAAUUUUGAUAUAUUACGAUUGUGAAGACAAACCCACCGAAUGGCCUAAGGUGGGCACUCCUCAAGAAUCAAUUGUCUACGGCUAUGAUUUCAUGAAACAUUGUUUUUAUAAAACUUUCAAUUCUCUUCCAGUUCUCAUUGAUGAAUAAAAAUCGAAACAAACUUUAAUAAUUUUCAA